UUUUGAUUUGAAAGCGAAAACACUUUGAAAUAGAUUUUGAUUUUUCGCAACACUUUUCGCAUUUGAUUUGCAUAUCAUUUGAUCUGAUUUUCAUUACUUCCAGAGAUGACAGCAUUUGAGGAAAUGGGGAUAAUGUCAGAGAUCGCCGAAGCGGUCGAACGUAUGGAAUGGACGCUUCCAACAGAUAUACAAUCGGAAGCGAUUCCAUUGAUUCUCGGCGGUGGAGAUGUACUGAUGGCCGCGGAGACCGGUUCCGGCAAAACCGGAGCUUUUUGUAUACCAGUUCUUCAGAUUGUUUGGGAGACUCUUUACGACAUGAAAAAGAGCGCAAAGAAAGAAGACACGACACAUAUAUGGCGAUUGAGUCCCAGUGAUAGAGAGAUGAAUCUUUCGCUCAGUCCCGACGGGUUGUCCGCUCAAAGCAAAGGAGACCAGCGAUGGCAGGGCUGUCGGGCUAACUAUGGCCUCAGAAGAGACCCGACAUCCAAAUUAAAUCGAUUCUACUUUGAGGUGCUUUUUACAGACCCAGGUCUGGCUCGGGUUGGCUGGUCUCUGGCUGGCGCUAACUUAGAGUUGGGCUGUGACGGCCGGAGUUGGGGUUACGGCGGAACUGCUAAAAAGAGUACCGCAAAGCAGUUCUCUGAUUAUGGCCAACCAUUUGGAGACAAGUUUGAUGUAAUUGGAAAUAUAAUCGAUUUGGACAACAAUACCAUUUCGUACACCAAAGGCGGCAGAGAUUUGGGAAUUGCUUUCAGACUUACAAAACAAAUUGGAGAACAGAAUGUCUUCUUCCCGGCUAUUUGUGUGAAGAACGCCGGCAUUACUGUUAGGUUUACAGGCACUGAUUGUCCGCCUAAUACUGUUUGGGUUGGAAAUGCAAGUGGGAGUCAAAUAUGCAGUAAUAAUUGUGGAACAAGUGUUGCAUCGGAAUCCCAGAACACAAAGUCUGGCCCCAAAGCGCUGAUUGUGGAGCCGAGCAGAGAGUUGGCUCAACAGACGUACGACUGUAUCACACAAUUUAAGAAGAAUUUGUCGGGAGAAGUGAAACAGGCGUUACUCGUGGGCGGCAUUAACGCCAGGGACCAAAUGGAUCAGUUGUCAGCCGGUGUUGACAUAGUUGUGGGCACUCCCGGAAGGAUUGAAGAAUUAAUAAAUAACGGCAAUUUAGUGUUGGAUUCUUGUGGAUUCUUUGUGAUCGAUGAAGUGGACGCUCUCCUACAACAGGGCAAUCAGAAUCUUCUGAUGCGUUGGCAUUCAUUGCUUCCGCGUAUGUUUGACGACGGAAGACGGCUUCAAAUGAUUGUCUGUUCGGCGACUUUGCAUAACUUUGAUGUCAAGAAUUUUGCCAAUAGAGUCAUGUUUUUCCCCAUUUGGGUCGACUUAAAGGGCGAAGACUCUAUUCCAGAAACGGUUCAUCACGUGGUUUAUAGAGUAGAUCCGCGACAAGACUUGUCGUGGAAAUCGUUGAGGACUUCUUAUAAGACGGAUGGCGUCCACUAUAGAGAUAAUAUGAAUUACAAUUCACCCGAUAGGGAGACACUGAGCGAAGCCGUCAAACUCCUUAAAUGUCAUUAUGCGGUGAAAGCGAUCGACGCCUUAAACAUAGAUCACGCCAUCAUAUUCUGCAGAACAAAAGUCGAUUGCGAUUCUUUGGAAAAUCAUUUCAAUGCCAUCGGCGGAGGGCCACGAAAUGCCAACAAUAAGUAUUCGUGUGUUUGUCUGCAUUCCGACCGAAAACCUCACGAAAGGAAUGAGAAUUUGAACAAAUUUAAGGAAAGAAAGUGUAAUUUUCUCAUUUGCACAGACGUUGCCGCCCGGGGUAUCGAUAUUAAAGGGGUUCCAUUUGUUAUUCAAAUGACACUUCCGGACGAAAAGUCCAAUUAUUUGCAUCGUAUCGGACGCGUCGGGAGAGCCGAACGAAUGGGUUUAGCGAUUAGUUUGGUUUCUGUGGUUCAGGAGAAGGUUUGGUAUCAUUCAAACUGUUCGUCCAGAGGAAAGGGUUGUUAUGAGACGGCAUUGACUGAUGCCGGCGGCUGUUGUAUUUGGUAUAAUGAACUUCAAAUUUUGGCUGACAUUGAGGACAGUUUGAAUUGCAUUGUAGACACAAUUGAAUCAGAUUUUAAAUUACAAAUCAAUGCAUUUGACGGUAAAGUAACGUAUGGGGCGAAGAAUACGGGACAGAGGUAUACAUACAACGACCACGUGAGCCAAAUGGCCGAUGAAGUGACACAACUCUCCAAAUUGGAGACAAACGCUCAAAAUAGUUUUCUUAAGUUUUAUUUCAAUCAAUAA